AUGUUUGGAGUUAAAAAUAGCUUAUCUAACCUUACAAAGAUUAAAAGUGUGUCUUCUGCUGCUGCUGUUUCUACUUUCUCCCCUAUAGUUAUAAGGAGAAAUAUGGCAAGUUUACCUGGUUUAUUCAAAUCUUUAGUAUAUUCGAGCCAUAAUGUCGAUGACUGUGCAUCUAUCUUAAGUUUACAGAACUAUAAACCUAUCCAAGAGAUAGAAAAUUCUAUUGUAUUGAGAAUGUUAGCAUUUCCGAUAAACCCUUCAGAUAUCAAUCAGUUACAAGGUGUCUAUCCAUCGCUACCGAAUAAAUCAUUGAAUUACCAGACCUUACAACCUGCUGCGAUUGCUGGUAAUGAAGGUGUCUAUGAAGUUAUUCAUGUACCAAACAGAUUUCAAAACUUGAAGAAAGGAGACUGGGUUAUUCCUACAAUGGCAAAUACUGGUACAUGGACUAAUUAUCAAGUCUUCUAUGAUGAAUCUCAAUUAAUUAAAGUAAAUGGAUUGGACUUAUUUACUGCUGCAACAAUUGGAGUGAACGGUGUCACUGCAUAUCAAUUAGUGAAUGAUUUUGUGGAUUGGAAAAGAAAUGAAAAUAAUUGGUUGAUACAGAAUGCAGGGAAUUCUACCGUAUCAAAGAUGGUAUCUCAGAUUGCUAAAGUCAACAAUGUUAAGACAUUAAGUGUUGUUAGGGAUCGUAAGACACCGGAACAAUUUAAUGAGAUGGCUAAGAUGUUAGAAAAUACAUUUGGUACAACAAAAGUUAUUUCAGAAUCUCAAAAUAAUGAUAAAGUCUUCGGUAAGCAAGAGUUACCACAAAUUUUAGGUAAAGAUGCGCGUAUUAGACUUGCUUUGAACUCUGUUGGUGGUAAAUCGAGUUCUUCAAUUGCUAGAAAAUUGGAAAAAGACGGAUUAAUGUUAACUUAUGGUGGUAUGUCAAAACAACCUGUGACACUUCCAACUUCUUUAAUGAUCUUUAAGAAUAUCACAUCUGCUGGGUAUUGGGUUACUGAAUUGAAUAAGAAGAAUCCACAAAGAAAGGUGGACACUGUCCAUGACUUGAUUAAUCUGUAUGAGGCUGGCGAAUUCGUAUCCCCUAAGGAAGAUAUCGAGACAUUAUCUUGGGACACUGAGAAAUUUAAUGAUGAUGAUGUAUUGAAAUUGGUUCAAGGAGGUAUCAACUCCACAAAUGGUAAAAAGAAGGUGGUAGUAUUGAAAUGGGAUUAG